UUUUUUUUCUUCGUUAACUUGAAAUCACACAAGAACUGUUCUGGUGCAUUUCAGAUCUUUUUUGUAGAAUAAAAAAAAAGAAAGAAAGAUUGCACACAUACAGAGAUGACUGCCGAGCUGUGCGAGGACGCUAAGGAGCUGGACUUUCUCAUCACGAGAAUGAAGGAUCUCCUUGUCGAAUAUAUGGAGCAGAGUCGACAGAGCGACGGUUUGUUGGUCGACUACAAAGAGCCCGAGGAGCUGGAGCGCAUUAUGGACUUUUCGUUGCCAGAUCGAGGUGUGGGCCCUGAAGGGAUCUUCCCGACGAUCACACAGACAUUGCAGUACAGCGUCAACACAUUCUCGCCACGGUUCAUGGACAAGCUUUACGCUGGGUCAUCUCCGAUCGGCGUCCUAGCUGAACUGCUCCUCGCGGGACUGAACGGCAACUCGCAUGUCUACCAUGUCUCUCCCGUAUUCACACUUAUGGAGAUUCAUGUCACCAGGGCUCUCGCACGGCUGUUUGGACUCAAAGGCGAAUUCGCAGGGGGGUUGUCGUGUCCUGGAGGAAGUGCCAGCAACCAAUUGGCGAUGGUCACAGCCAGAAACGCCUUGUUUCCGGAAAUCAAGAAGAAGGGCUACUUUCCUCGGCCCUCAAUUCAGGAGCAGGAGGAAUUUCGGCAACAAGGUUACCAUUGUGUUGGAUCUGCUGCGUUGUCGACGUACGGCAAAUUGAUCGCAUUCACGAGCAGCGCAGGACAUUAUUCACUCGAAAAGUCGGCGGUGAUUAUGGGGUUUGGCACAGAGAACAUUGUCGGCGUGCCCUGCGAUUCCUAUGGCGCUAUGAUCCCUUCAGAGCUAGAACGUUUGAUCCAGGAGCACAUCGCACUCGGCCACACACCAUUCUUUAUCAAUGCCACUGCAGGAACAACAGUUCUUGGAGCCUUUGACCCCAUUCGACCAUGCGCAGCGAUUGCAAAAAAAUACAAGUGCUGGCUCCACGUCGACGGCUCAUGGGGCGGAUGCACGGUGUUUGUACCAGAGUUGGCCAAGACCCUACUCGAUGGUACAGAACUGGCUGAUUCGAUUACGAUUAAUCCUCACAAGAUGUUGCAAACAUCUCUGCAGUGCUCGCUGCUGCUUGUACAAGACUCUUCUAUCUUUGCACGCGCCAACGCGCUCAAGGCAAACUACUUGUUUCAUGGCCAAAGCCACGAUCUCGGCGACGGAACACUGGGUUGCGGGCGUCGCUCAGACGCGAUCAAAUUGUUCUUGGGAUGGAGGUAUUAUGGCAAACUGGGAUAUCAGGCCAGGAUCGAGAAGUCGCUAUCGAACGUGAAGCGGUUUGUGGAGCUGUUGGCGCAGGAUGAAAUGAACGGGCAGAGGAUUCAGAUGUUACGACUUGAAAGUGAUCAUGAGAAAACAUACAAUCAGGAUGGAAAACAGCAGCGGUAUGCGUUGGAGACUGGAGGACGAGACAGAUCGCAGCCUAGCCUUCUGCAGGUCUGCUUCUGGUACAGGCCCCAAGGCAGUCGCAUGGUUGACUGGCGUGGAACAGAACGACACUGGAGGGACAGUGUAGAAUUCACGCCGAGCACGACAGCGCCAUCCCGAAUUUCAUCCGCUGCUGUGACGCCACUGCUGAGGGGUGCUACGAAUCAGCCGUACUUUGCGCAGACCACGACGGGCGCGACUACUGAUGAGCUCGACACCAAUAAUGGCGCCAACUCGGCAUCGUCUGCUGCAACGCUCUCUCCAAACUCGUCUGCGAUCUCGCUGGCGUCGACUGCAUCAGUCUCCUCUACCGCGUCGUCCAUUUCAAGCGCUGCCACAGCAACGACUUUGUCAAGGACAACAACCGAUCAUGGUGUGAUUUUGACAGACCCGCAAGAACGACAGGAGGCCAAGCAGUGGAUGGAGAGGGUCACCAAGGCGAUCCACGCACGGAUUCGUGCCCGGGGACAGUUCAUGAUCGACUAUGCGCCUUUGGGGGAAUAUUUGCCAGUUUUCUUCAGAGUCGUGUUGAACCCGCCGACGAUCCGGGAACUUGAUUUGACGAAACUGGUGGGUGAGAUCUUGGAGUGCGGAGAGGCCGUGGGCAAUGCGAUACCAAUCCCUGAAUGCUGUCGCGAGAGGAGCGCGUGAUGAUGAUGGAUACCACAACAAUAUCAUAUAUAACCUAUAGACUGUUUCGCAUAGACCACAGGGGUAUUUCAAUAAUAUAUUCAUUGCUCAGCUUACACGCGUUCACGCGUUUCUGCGAGAUAAUGCGGCA